CAACUAUGGCGAAGAUUGUUGGAGCUCUCUUCCUGUGCAUGCUCGCCACAGCGUGUGGUUUCCAGAUGGGAACCAUGUCAACCAUGCGCGUGAUGAAGGCAUCGUCGAUCUCUUCUAGAGGAAGCAUGUGGAUCGGUGCUCCUGUGCUGCGCAGCCCGACCUCGAACGUGGCGAACCGGCGAAGCGCUCCCUUGUCCAACCUCAACAUGGGUCUCUUCGGGCUCGGAUGGGGAGAGCUUGCAGUUAUUGGCGUGAUCGCUGCUCUCAUCUUUGGACCGAAGAAUCUUGCGGGACUUGGAAAGGAUCUUGGAAAGAUUGCAGGCAGUCUCAAGGCUGAGGCUCAGACCUUCUCCUCCGCCAUGCAGGAGAGCCUUGAGGAGGCUGAGAAGGGGAUGAAGGAGGCUGAGACCCAGGUUACCAAGCCGGCGACUCCCAAGGAGGCCCCCUCCAAGCCCACCAAGAAGAUUGACCUGACCGACGAAUAGAUUUCUUUCCCCCCUCUCUCCACAUGACAUGUUUCUAGCGCGAAGCAAUAAAGUUGUGUAAAACGCG